UUAAGGAGAAACCGAGAGGAGAAGGCGACGGCGGCGGCGGAAGAGUCGGCCGCAUUCGCAGCCGUUGGUGGGGCUCAUCGGACUGGAGUGUCGUCACCGGAGAGCCGCAGACUGAUGGACAAUGGCUCGCGGCGACUAUCAAGAUGAUGAUGAUGACUUCAUGGAGUUACUACAACAGAAUCACGUGACUGGUCGGAUAAAAGAUGGCGAUGAGAAGAAGAAACGUCAUCGCUAUAGGGCUUCGCAAGAACGCCUGACUAUAUUGACCGAGGGAUUUACUGAUGAGCAGAAGGGAGAUGUUGGUGAGAUGGAGAUGCAGGCUCUGAUGGAUGUUUGGUGCAAGAACCUAGUGAACCCUGUAUGCGACUGGCUCAGUGAGAUUUAUGAUCCUGCCUCUAGAGAAUUCAUGGUUCCGGGACGUGGAAGACUGUCUUUGGAUGAGGAAUCCAUGUUCUGCACUUUGGGUGUGCCCUAUGGAGAAAUCAAAGUCCCGUAUGAGGUGAAUAAUAAGACUAGGGAAGCCAUGUUCGCCCGUUUGUGUCCUGGAAUGGCAUCCAUGCCAAAUACGACUGUGUUGGCAACUUCGCUGGAGGGCAUGAAAACCCAUGGCGAGGUUUUUAAGAUGAAACUCCUCAUGUACCUGAUCUCAGCUGUCUUUGUGCCUACCACAUCUCUUCGUCCAAGCGACAAGUGCUUCCCCAUCCUGAUGAAUGCUCUCUCUAUUUCUUUUUUCCUUCAAUCUUUUGAUUUUGAUGUCAUUUGGAAGCUAGUAACUGCCAGAUUUUUGAUGUUUUCAUUUGAAUGCUGAUGAGGCAACUUUUUGUCCUGAAAUUGUGUUGUGCG